UAUAUAUUAGAUAUUAGGAACUAUUUUGCCCCCCGGAGUUCAUCGAUAACAGCUUCAAGAUUCUGCCCUUCGGUGCCAAUUUUCGUCUGGAGACGACACCAGCCGAGAUGCACAAAAUAGCAGCCGCGCCAACCGCGGCUACAGCGCCGGCUGGAGCAUUGGAGGCACCGCUGGCAGCGCCCAAAUAUGGCACACUCAUACCCAAUCGCAUAUUUGUGGGCGGCAUAAGUGGUGACACCACCGAGGCGGAUCUGACGCGCGUCUUUAGCGCCUACGGCACCGUAAAGAGCACAAAGAUCAUCGUGGAUCGUGCCGGCGUCAGUAAAGGCUAUGGAUUCGUCACAUUCGAGACGGAGCAGGAGGCGCAAAGACUGCAAGCGGACGGCGAGUGUGUGGUGCUGCGCGAUCGCAAGCUGAACAUCGCGCCGGCCAUCAAGAAGCAGCCGAACCCGCUGCAGUCAAUUGUGGCCACCAAUGGAGCCGUUUACUAUACCACCACGCCGCCGGCACCGAUUAGCAAUAUACCCAUGGAUCAGUUUGCAGCUGCCGUCUAUCCGCCAGUUACUGACUUUACAGCCGCUGGAGUGCCAGCCAUCUACCCACCUUCAGCCAUGCAAUAUCAGCCAUUCUAUCAGUACUACAGCGUGCCAAUGAAUGUACCCACCAUUUGGCCUCAGAAUUAUCAAGAAACUCAGCCACCGAUGCCGCAUCAUGCGCCGCCACACGGCGCUUGGGAGUUUGACGAUGGCACCAACAACAACAACCGCAACAACAGCAAAAACAACAUCUCUGUGACGAAUUGGCGCAUGUCCAUGUAGUCGAACUCAAUGCGGGUCUCCCUCUAGUCUAACCAAAGCAAAUCAAUACACACAGCCAUACUGAAUACACACACCCACAUCCGCACACAGACACAGCAGCAGCAGAAGCACCAGCAGCGCUGCAACUGAAGAAAUGAAGAAGACAAAUGGAAGAAAUGAAGUGCAAAUGCAAUGUGCUAUAACCGAACGUGAAGGCAGAAGCAAAAGCGAAUGCGAAAGUAAAUACGAAAGUGAAUGCAAGAACAAAAGCACACGCUGUAGUUGAGAGGUAGCUGUAAAAGAUCAAGUCAAGAAGAGAACACUAGUGCGCAUGCGAGCAAGCGAGAUGGAUGCAGUGCUACGGCUGGAAUAGCUAAGAAUGAGUGUAUCAAACGAAGAUGAGAGGAACAGCAACAACUACAGCAGCAAAGGCAGCGGCAACCAAUAAGAAAAGAGAAUCAUUUAUGCAGCAUUGGUGGUGCUCACUCUCUCUCACAUACACAACACACAGUCACAACACGACACAGCUCAUCCACACACACUUGCAAAUUAGUUUCAUAAUUUUUUCGUUUAUUUUGUUUCCGAGUUCAAAUUGUUUAAUUGUUUCCCUUUAUUUUCGUUACUAUUGUUCUGUUCAUUUCGUUGCCAAUCCAGUGUUUCCAAUGGGCUGCAGAUACGUUGCAACAGCAACAUCUAAAAACAACAAGCAUAACCACAAGAACAACCAGAGACUAACAGCAGUCGUUGAAUUGAGCACUAGGACCAUUAGGACCCUUAAUAGGCAGAGUAGCAGCAGUUCGCUACUUCGUUUCCCGCAUUGUCGCAUAGAGAGAACGAGAAUAGGAAAUGCUAAGCCUCAGUUAAGUCGACAGGCAGGAGAAUGAGGGAAAUAACGAGAGACAAGAGAGAUAAAAGCAUAUCCAAACUUCUUCAGGAAUUCUUCAGGAAAACACGAUUUUCACUAUGCAUAUAUAUAAAUCUAUAUAUAUGUACCACAAGAAGACACCCCGUUAAAAAAAAUAGCAAUAAUCCAUAACCUCGACUCUCUUCUCAGGUCGUGCUAUAUAGCUUAUGUGCUCCUUCUUUUUGCUUCAACUGUAGCCCAAACCCAGGCGAAUCGAAUCUAUGUCGAGUAGUAAGUUCGUGUAUAGAAUCAUAGA